AUGCUCUCGCCUAUUGUUAGGGAGCCGAGCAAGUCAGGAAGAGAUAUCAUUCUAGUCAUCGGUGUUCGUUCAAUGUUGGUUAGAGGCUCGACCAGUCCACAGGACUCUCACUCCGAAGCUCAAAAUUCAAGUGUCCGUCAAACUGUCCCUAAGAGACAGACUACAAUAAUGUCUGCGCAUUGUCUUACCAGCUUUCAGAAUUCAGAUGCCGUUUUACUUUUCGAUGGUGGAGCGGAGGCAUCAGAAGUUCACGAAUGGUGGUGGUAUUUAUGA